AUGAGGCUGAGACCUCGUCCGACGGUAAGCAGAGAACUUCGAUUUUGCAGAUGGCUUUCGAAUGCGCCGGACAAUGCACCAACGGCAUCAGACAACGAGUUUUGGCUUCGUAAACUAGGAAAAGGUCAACGCAGAGUAUCGCCCUCUACCGAAAACGAAAGGAAAGGCAAUUGCAUGGAAGCGGGAACUACUGCAAAAGAAGAGACCUCUUUUCAAAUUGUGUCAACUCCACCUGAGACGCCAUACAUCAACGUAAAAGCCGCACUUUCCCGAUUCACCACUGUCAGUUAUCUACAGCCAAAAACCCAACGUCAUGCACAGACAAAUCAAUUCGUCGAUCUUAAAGUUCUCAAACUGACAAGUGGAAAAGGUGGCAACGGCUCCGUUUCUUUCUUCAGGGACGCGGGAAGGGCGAUCGGACCGCCCGAUGGAGGUGACGGAGGAGACGGCGGUGGAAUAUACGUUCAAGCCGUUGAAGGGCUGAAUGGCCUUGCCAAACUGAAAACCAGCUAUAGAGCCGCUGACGGCGAAGAUGGAGCUGCAAGGCAGCUCGAUGGGGCUCGUGGCAAGGACGUUUUGAUAUUAGUUCCGGUAGGCACUGUGAUAAAGUGGUGUAUGGACCCACUAACAGUUCGUGAUGCCGUUCAAGCAUGGAGAAGAGGAAAUAGUAGAGUGGCCCUUCGAGACGCUAUCAAUCAGCAAACCGUGGAUUUGCAAUGCACGGGGCGUUUUGAAAUGGACCAGAAACCUACCCAUAUUCAGUUGUUUCGUGAUUCUUAUGGACCAGGUGAAGGCUGGUAUUUUAAAGGCAAAGACAAGGCUUAUCACGAAGAUAAGUCGUGGUUUACAGAUUUGAACGAUAAAGUGAAGAUCUAUGAUUUGGAAGCUGCCGAAUCUGAGCUCAGAAAUGACAGAUUUCCCCUUUGUGGAUUAGACCUAGCUAAGCCUAAUGAAAAUCCUAUAUGCCUUUUGAAAGGUGGUAAGGGCGGUCUUGGAAAUAUGCACUUUCUUACAAACGUCAUUAGGAAUCCGCGUUUUUCCAAAGUGGGAAGAGACGGCCUUGAACAGCAUUUCAUGUUUGAGUUGAAAACUCUGGCAGAUCUUGGGUUGGUGGGCUUACCAAAUGCUGGUAAAUCCACCAUACUCAAUUGCAUAUCCAACGCCAGGCCUAAAGUUGGUCACUGGGAGUUUACAACCACUCAUCCAAACGUUGGCACUGUCAAAAGAGGUUUUGACGGCGUCAGUUUUACCGUUGCUGAUAUUCCAGGCAUAAUCGAAGGCGCAGCCAACGACAAAGGCAUGGGUCUUGAGUUUAUUAGACACAUCCAGCGAUCGAAGGGAUGGGCAAUUAUACUCAGCCUUGGUAAUGCAGACCCUUUGAAAGAUCUGAAUCUGCUAAUUUCAGAGCUGGGUGGCCUCGAAGAAGUUUCCAAAAAGAAUGUUCUUGUGGUGUGCAAUAAAGCGGAUAUCGGUCAUGAGAAUCCCGCCAGUCAGAGAAAAUUCAACAUUAUCCAGCAGUUUUGUCAAACUCAAAAAUGGGAUGCGAUACCCAUAAGUGCUCUCAAGGAACAGAAUAUCGAUCUCUUGUUGCAAAAGAUGGCUGUGUGUGCUGGGAAGGUCUGA